AUGGCCGCAACACGCCGGAUAUCGACCGCUGCUAUUGCGACAACAGGACUGUUGUUUGGCGGCGGUGGCCUUGUUGCAUAUGCGUGGUGGCGUCAAUCCGCGUAUGCCACCGAUAGUUAUGGGCAACACCAUAGUUUCAGGGCCCUGGCCCCAACGGAUCCACGCGCCCGGUUCCACUACUAUGCGGCGCGCAAUGCGGACGGCAGCGAGGUCUUGGAUCCCGCCGGCCUUAUCGCGUGUUUGUGCCUGCUUGAUGAGGAGAGCAGGCAGUCGCUUGCCAGCGAGGGGCAGGACCACCUCCCACCCCAUGUCCGUCAACGUCUAGAGCACGUGUUUCAUCUCGUCGACGUUGACAACGAUAGUAGCUUCUCGUACGAUGAAUUUUGCAUUCUCCUCACUCUGCUCUCGACGCGUCGCCAUCACCUGGAGCUGGCCUUUGGGGUCUUUGACAGGGACGAGGAUGGGCGUCUUUCGAGGCGUGAAUUCCGGCACUUGCUGAAUGCGUUGAUGGUAGACCCCGCGGUGCAUGUGAUUAAACGGCGACACUCCCCAAAUCAGCAAAGGCCGACGACAGACCUUAGCUCUGGGGUCUCGUUUGCUCCCAUCGCAGCCGGCUCAGAGGCCUCAAGGCAAAGAAAGAGCGGCGCGUCGACAGUCACAGGGGAUGCGUUGUUAACAUCCCCACUGGCCGAACACUUCUUUGGAGUGCACGGCGAGAAUGGCAUCUCGCUUGACGAGUUUUGGUUACUGCUGCGUGAGCUCCGGCGGGAGGUGUGGGCGGUGGAGUUUGGCCUGCGCGAUCCAAGGAACACCGGUCAAAUCACCCUGCAGGACCUUCGACGCAUUAUUUUCCGCGGUGGCGUUACGGAAAGGCGCAGAAGUACCGUUGAUGGCGUUUCCGACGCACAGGAGGAGCUGCUGGAGGAGAGGACGGGGAUAAGCCCGGAGAAGGAAUUCAUCUCCUGGGGCUUUUACCUUAAGCUGCUUGACGUUCUCUGCGAGUGCGACGCGGUUGCCCAUGCGAUGAAUCUUGCCCUAAGGGCAAAGCUCCCGGGCGCCAUAGCCACGCGUCUCGAGCAGCAGCAGCAGCCGCCGCCGCCGCCGCCAGAGUUCAAAAAGCGAAGGGCGAACUCCUCUCUUCAAGGCAAUGGUGAGUGUGAACUGGAUGGUGCGGAGCUUUAUCGCGUGCUGGAGGCGUGUAAAGGGCUUUCGCACCUCACACGAGAGGAUGCAGAUAGGCUGGUGCGGAUUUUUUAUUUGGAUAGAUCGGGGAAGUUGUCACCUGCCGAGUUUGCGCAGGCGUGUGAGCUUCGCACCACCUUCUUCACGUCACGGCAACCAAGAUUUGCUGAACCCCGACGGAACGCUGUGCAGCAGUUCAUUUUUUGUAUGCAGCAGCUGGAGUAG